AUGUCUGGUGUUGGCAUAGCUUUCGGGAACUCGUCCGCGUUUGUUUCGGUGUGUAGAGAUGGCAGAUCAGAGAUAGUAGCAAACAGCGCAGGAGACCGCAGCACAGCGACCGUUGUGGCGCACCAAGAAGGAGAGCUGCUGACAGGGACACCCGCAGUGCAGAUGACAGUCAGACAGCCUGCUAACACUGUCAGCAGUCUGAAGAGUCUGCUGGCUUGCAAACUUGAGAGUGCGGACAGCGCGUCUCAAGCCUGCAAGUUGGAGCAGCACGGCGAGGAAAUUAUAGUUAAUUUUAACAAUGCAACCAGAAAAGGUGUCAGUGCAUUGGUUAAAUGUGUGUUUGAGAACUUGAAAGAAACAGCAGAUAGUGCGCUGGGUGAAGAUAAACACGACACUGUCAUCUCCAUUCCACUGACAUCCUCACCGGAGUUUAGGAAGACCGUCAAGAACUGUGCCAUCUCCGCUGGUUUAAACGUCCUAGAUCUGAUACCGGAAUCAGUUGCUGCUUUGCUGUCUCUUGACAGCGCUGCUAAACCUGCUGACGGACACACUGCCGUCGUAAGAGUUGGGGGAUCUUCCAUGGCGGUCACUGUGGUAAAAGUUGUGGCUGGAAUGUAUUCUGUUGUUGAUAAUACAGAGGAGAAAAUUGGAGGAAACCUGUUUGAUCGGUCUGUAGGGAAGUUCUUGUGUGAUGAUUUCAACAGGAAGAACAGAUGUAAAGUAGAGGAAAAUCCACGGAGUUACAGCAAAGUUUUGAAGGCUUCAAAGAGUGCUAAACAUAAUCUUAGCACCUUAAACACAGCAGAAUGUAGCAUAGAAAGUUUGUUCGACGGAAUGGAUCUCAUCUCCAACCUCUCAAGACCUAGGUUUGAGACUUUAAUACAGAACGAUUUGAACAAGAUAAAGGAGACCGUGCAGAAAAUGGUAACCAAACACAGUUCCAUCUCCAUAACCAGAGUAGUUCUUACAGGAGGCACUUGUAAAGUCCCCAAAGUACAAUCUAUCAUCAGCCAACUGUUCCCUGAGUCCAGUAUUGUCAGCCAGGCACCUGACGAGAUCAUCUCACUCGGCGCUGCUACACACGCUGGAAUGCUCUCUAAGUUCCCCAACUUAUCCGCUAAAUCAGAAGUGGAAGGUAACGGCACGGUCGGAAUCCCUCUUACCCCCAGUAAUAUUGAAGUAAGAGUAGGAGAUGUUGUGACACAAGCAGUCGCUAAAAACACGCCCCUUCCAUAUAAAACAGACAUUGAACUGCCUGAGGGAAAUGUUAUUGUGAUAGAGGCUGAUGGUAAAUGUAUUGCUAAGGCAGAGGUGGCUGGAUCAGAUGAUAAGAGCAAAGUUUCGUUACAUUUUGAAAUUCUGGAGGACUGUAGCAUUGAGGCAAUCAUUAAAGAUAGUUUUACUAAUGAGAGAACUGCUGUUCAUAUACCACCACCGAAAGGAGCUUAA